AUGCACAUACUCAAUGCUCCAAGCACCAAAAGUCUGAAGUAUGCGAUCCGAUCUGGUCUCAUCAAGAACUGUCCUUUCACCAAAGAAGCGAUCAAUCAUGCUGAAGCAAUCUUUGGACCUUAUGCCUCUAGAUUGAAAGGCAAGUCAACAAGACCAACUCCGAAGAAGACGUACGACGACUUCUUCAGUCCACCAGAGGAAUUGUAUCAACAUAAUCGAUCUAUUACCGUCUUUAUUGAUCACACGGAGAUUGAGAAUGCUAAGUUUCUCACCUGCAUUGAUACCACUGUGCGUUAUCGCUCAUGUAUUCCCAUGCAGAACCUGAAGACUGACCCUGUAUUUGAAGCAUUGGAUAAGAUAUUCCGCCGCUACAACAAGGCAGGCUUUCAAGUCAAGACAAUCAAGAGUGAUCGGGCUUUCAUUCCUCCGACGGAUGAUAUGCUAGACAAUAUGGGUGCUAUUGACCCAACUGCAGCUGAAGACCACGAACCUACCGCUGAGCGAAACAAUCGGACGCUGAAGGAAAGAGUCAGAGUAGCUCUUGCACAAUUACCCUACAAAGUGGUCCCAAAGGUGAUCACUGAAUGUCUUGGACGUCAAGCCGCCGAGCUAAUGAAUGUCUUUCCCCAGAAAGACAGUAUCUCAUCACAAUUCAGUCCGCAGCAAACUCAUUGA